CUCAAAUUCUUAUAUUUCAAACUAAACAACACCAAGAUUUCAAUAACGGAUUCGGGUUCGGACAUGGCACUAUCACUAUAAAUCUCGGUUAAAAGAUCUCGAAGAGGAGUAUUAUAUAGAGAUAGAAAAUGGCGAUGGCGAACAUUCGAAUCAAAGAACAACCAAAAGGGUCUUCAAAUUCAAAGACAGAGGUUGGGGAGAUUGAUACAAGAGCACCAUUUCAAUCUGUGAAAGCAGCUGUUAGUUUGUUUGGAGAGGUUGCUGUUUCUUCCAAGGACAAGCGCACCAUUAGAAGGGCUAAGCAGCUUUCAUCUGAGAAUGUAUUGGAAAAUGAAACAGACUUUCUUUUGGCUCAGAGGGAGCUUAGCAAGAUCAAGCAACAGCUUCAGAAUUCCGAAGCGACUAAAUCUAAAGCCCUUUCCGAGCUCCAAACCGCCAAACGAACGCUGGAAGAUCUCACUAUGAAGCUUUCUUCUGUCAACAAGUCGAUGAAAACUACAAUGGACGCUGCUGAAGUUGUCGAACUCCAAUCCAAGAAGCUCGAGAUCACUAAACAACCAGACACUAGCAGUGGCUGCGCUUGGAAACAGGAGCUGGAUUAUGCGAGAACUGAGUAUGCGAUCAUCGUAGCUGAACUCGACGCUUCGAAGCAGGAGCUAACGAAAAUCCGCCAGGAUUUUGAUGCAGCAUUGGAGGGGAAGAUGGCUGCAUUACAGCUAGCUGCUGAGGCGCAACGAUCAGCGAAACUCAACAGCGAUCGGUUGGUUGAACUUUCAAAGCAAAUUGCUGAAACGCAACAAGAAAUCGAACAGCUAAAGCAGGUUUCGUUCGAGGCACAAGAAGACCAUGUUAAGAUUCUGACAGAGAAAGAAGUGUAUUUCAACGAGUACAAGACUGCUAAAGAAGAAGCAGAGAGGAAUUUGAUGAUUCUGAAGAAUGAAAUCCAUCCACAAAUGACCAUUUCUCUCGAGGAAAAGCUUAAAGAAACGACAUCAGAGAUCGAAGUUCUGCAAGAGAAGAUGAAGAAAAUCCAUGCUUCUGAAAUGAAAACUGUUCGAGCCUUGACGGUGGAGCUUAACGAAGCUGCUCGGGCUCUGCAACAAGUUUCCGAACAAGAAAGCUCUCUUCGGAGCUUCGUUAGUUCGUUGAGACGAGAAGUGGAGACUGUGAAGAGGGAGAGAGAGGAGCUGCAUAAGAAGCUUGAUAGAGAAGAAAAGAUCUUAGAAGACAGAAGACAACAGAGCUUGAAGCUUCAACAACUUCUAUCUGAAGCUAAAAUGGCAAAGCAAGAAGCUCUAGAGAUGAAGCGAGAAGCAGCCGAGCUUAAGCGAAUAGCAGACGAUAGCAGAAGCUUCAUACAGGAAGCAGAAAGCAAACUACAGAUUGUACAGAAAGAGGCUGAAGAAGCAAAAACAGCAGAGAAGAAAGCUCUGGAUGAGAUGAAGAGUAUAGAUGCAAAACAUAGCGAUAAAUCGACCGAAAUCAAAAUAACAGUGGACGAGUUCGAAUCAUUGAGCAGAAGGGUGAAAGAAUCGAAAAUAUUGGCAGAAAAGGAAGAGGCAAACAGCAUUGCCGAGGUCGAGGUAAUCACUGCAAGGCAAAAUGAAGCAAUGAAAAAGCUAGAGGCUAACUUAAAAGCGAUCGAGGAGAUCAAGAUAGCAACAAAUAUGGCGUUAAAGGGUGCAGAGAUGGCCGAGUCGGCAAAAAUGGUGAUAGAAGGCGAACUCCAGCGUUGGCGACAAGAGGAACAAAAGAUGGCACCUCAAGUUACUUCUUGACAUAUUCAUUUCUAGCUUUCAAAACCAAAAAAGUGCUACAAAAAGUAGAAUUUUAACUCUAAAAAUGGUCAAAGCAGCUUCAGAAUCUAAAGCCAAACCUGAUUUCCGAGCAUCUCGUUGAAUGAUCGAAAACGUUGGAUUCUUCUAGGAAUAGAAGCAAGUCACAUUUUGCCAUCAUCAUCAAAAAUGGUUGGCAUAGAUUUAAGCAUUGCCCCUAUUUUAUAUCUUUCCACAAGCUUUGUGUAUAUUCACGCAUCAAUGGCUGUAAAAUGAAAGACAUAGCAGGUGCACAUUUAAGCAAA